GGCGCAGCUUUCUUCAUUUCGAACACCAUCACAUGCAUGCAUCCAUCCAUCCAUCCACUCUUAAAUUCAACCCCACACUAUCCUAGCUUGCUUUCUUCUCCAUAUAUAAGGAUUACCUUCUGGCUUCAUGUAUUAUAUAUAUACCCCAACACCCUUGAUCCAUUUCUCUCCAUCAGCUUAUUCUCAGUCUUCUUCAACUUUCUUCAUUCUACCAUCAUCAUCGCCUCUCUCUCUUUCCCUCAGCAAAUCAAUAUGGCCAAUCUUUCGAGUCUGCUUUACAUUGUUUUCUUCGUUCUCUGUGUUAUCACCCACUACUCCUCAAAUGCAGUUACGGUUUAUAAUGUAAUAAGCUUUGGAGCUAAAGCAAAUGGCAUAGGGGACUCCACACCAGCAUUCAUUAAUGCAUGGGCUGCAGCCUGCGCCUCAACGGGUUCUACUGCCAUUAAGGUGCCAAAGGGAAGAUAUCUACUUGGCUCUUUGGCCUUCAAAGGUGACUGCAAAAGCUUCGAUAUCACUUUCCAGAUUGAGGGAACACUCGUGGCUCCGGCCGAUUAUGGUGUUCUAGGAAAAGCUAAAAUUUGGCUGAGCUUUGAAGGCGUUAGCCACGUUACCAUUGUCGGGGGAGCACUCGAUGCCAGAGGACAAUCUUUGUGGGCUUGCAAAUUAGCUGCCAGCAACAACUGUCCCACCGGAGCCACGACAUUGAGCUUUGCCGAUUCUAACAACAUUAGGAUCAAUGGAUUGCUCUCACGAAACAGUCAGAUGUUCCACAUUGUGUUUAGUGGCUGCCAGAACGUGCAUGUCGAAAAAGUCAAAAUCAUAGCAGCCGGAGACAGCCCCAACACAGAUGGCAUUCACGUCCAAUUAUCCAGCAAUGUUGCCAUCACGAAGUCACGCAUCAGAACAGGGGAUGAUUGCAUCUCCAUUGGCCCUGGCACCAAGGACUUGUGGAUUGAACGCGUCGAAUGCGGCCCUGGUCACGGCAUUAGCAUAGGCAGUCUUGGAAAGGACACCGAAGAGCUAGGGGUCCAAAACGUGACAGUGAAGAAGGCAGUUUUUACCGGUACUCAAAAUGGGUUGAGAAUAAAAUCUUGGGCCAGACCUAGCAAUGGAUUCGUCCAACGGGUCCGGUUUCUAGGCGCAGUAAUGAACAAUGUCCAGAAUCCCAUACUUAUUGAUCAAAAUUAUUGCCCCCACAACAACAACUGCCCUACUCAGGUAUCAGGUAUAAAAAUAAGUGAUGUGAUAUACCGGGGAAUUCGAGGGACAUCAGCAACUCAGACUGCAAUAAAAUUUGAUUGUAGUUCCAAAAAGCCUUGCACUGGGAUUAGACUCGAAAAUGUCAAUCUCACUUGUCCAGAUCAAGUGGCUCAAUCCUCUUGUACCAAUGCAAUUGGAAGAACCCUUGGCUCAAUACAACCUAACGGUUGCUUGUGAUUGAGAGAGGAUUAAUUAAAUAUUUUGUUUAUUAACAAGUACGUACGUACAUGAUUAUUUUUCUCAUUAGUUAAAAGAAAAAGGAUAGCGUAUUGGAGUGUCUUAUCUUGUAAAUUUCAUGGAUAAAUCUGUUCUACAUUCUACAGAA